UAUCAGAAGUGGAUGCAAGGAGUGACCGACGGCGGUCGGAUGGCAGCAGCAAGGAGGGAAGGCAAGCGACAGACCCGGUACAAAGCCCCGGGCAGGGCCUCAGAGGCCCCCCUCAGCGGCAAGCUGGAGGGGCUGGCGCGCCCAGCAGCAACGCCGAACACAGACACGGACCGAAGGCGACAACGCACGGACUAA